AUGAGGAGAUCGAGGUCCCGAUCUAGCAGCCAGGACAAGGGCACUUGGACGCUGCCGCUAGCGGAGACGGGGCCCUACAAGUGGGGCCCGGAGUCCAUCGAAUUGAGCUGCAGCUAUCCAAGAACCGCCGGCAGCGCGCUCUACAACAUGACCUUUACUGUCCCUUCGAAGGACACGGUGAUUGCGUUUCGAGACAUGGCGUGCAGAGCUCACUGGGCCGCAUCGGCCAAGCUUGGCUCUUCGCAAGACGCAAGCAGCUUCGCGCUGAAACUGGGUGGCUUGAACGUGUACGCAGAUACUAGAAACGGAAGUCGCGCUCUCGUUGGUGAUUACAAGAUUAUACAGCAUGCCGCUAGUGCCAAGGAGCCUGGCAUCGUCGGCUUGGUAAAAAUACCUUCAAUCUUGGAAGACGAGGAAGCCAACAGUGGAGAGCCCGCCGUCGCCCCUGAUCCGAUCCAGCCGUCCUUCUUGAUUCCUUGGACAGAGUGGCAGGCGAUCCCCUCAAGUCUGCUCAAGCUUCAGUUCAAGCUCAAGGUCGGUGAAGUCCUCGUCUCGGGCGCGGAGUCCCAGCUCAGGAAGCUCGGCAUCCAGAACUUUACGGGCGGCAUGUUUAUAACAGCGGGUUUGUUCUACGGCGGCGAAACGCUGACCAACGAGUGCCUGCUGCAAACGAGCCUGACGUACAGCUGUGCGACGCCACGCUGGAACGAGUGGCUCACGUUCCCGCUGUCCAUCGGGUCUCUCCCUCAGGCCACCCGGCUGUGCUUCUCGCUCUUCUACCGCGAGGCGGGCAGCUCGUCCAGCGCGAAAGACACGCCCCUGGGGUGGGUGAACCUGCAGCUGAUGGACCACAAGGGCAUGCUCGUCGCCGGCAAGAAGAAGCUCCGGCUGUGGCCCGACGGGCCGGCGAACGCAAUCGGUACUUGCAUGGACAACACGGGCACCGACAGCCCCGGGGCGAUGUACGUCCAGUUCGACGAGUCGCCGCUCCCAAGCAUCUUCUCUCAGGAGAGCGCCAGAGUCGCGCCGGAGCCAUUCGAAGUGCCGGCCAUUGAAGGCAGGAAAGCAUCAGGCAGCGUGUUUGGCUUGAGCCCAUUUGCGUCGGCGCAAGCGGAGCCAGCCCUGCGAGCGGAAGAGAGCCUCCGUCUACAGGAUGCUAUCAGAGCAGAUGUCCUGACGCUGCCAACGGAUGAAGAGCGGCGCCUGCUGUGGAAGGCCCGGAACAGCCUCAAGAGCAACGUGCGAGCCUUAUACAAGGUCAUCCAUUCCGUUCCGUGGACCAACCGGAAGGCCAUUUUCGAAGCGCGGCAACUCCUGACGGAGUGGGCCGUUCCGGCGCCCCUAGCUGCCCUGCAGCUCCUGAACGCACAGUUUGCGGACCCGGAGGUUCGGAAGUACGCAGUCAGCCGGCUUCGGGAGCUGGACGACAGCCAACUCCAGAACUACGUGCUGCAACUCGUGCAGGUCCUGAAGUACGAGGCGUACCACAACUCGGAGGUGGCCCAGUUCCUCCUCGAGCGGGCGGUCGGGAAUAGAACCAUCGGACAUCAGUUCUUCUGGCACCUGCAGGCCGAACUGCACGUGCCCACCAUCAAAGACCGCUACAGCCUCAUCCUCGCGGCCUACCUGCGCUGCUGUGGGUCUUCAAUCCGGAAAGAGUUCCUAAAACAGUGCGAGCUCGUCAAGAAGCUCUGCGCCGUCGCUGACGCGAUCAAGGCCGUCAAGGGCGAGAGCGAGCGGAUGGCGCUGAUCCGGAAGAUGCUCGCGGAGAUACGGUUCCCAGACAAGGUCAUGCUACCCUUGGAUCCGAGAUUUGAAGUGUCGGGCCUGAUCGUGGAGAAGUGCAAGUUCAUGGACUCGAAGAAGCUGCCGCUGUGGCUGGUGUUUCAGAACGCGGACCCGCAGGGCGCGCCCAUCUACGUCAUCUUCAAGUCGGGGGACGACCUGCGCCAGGACAUGCUGACGUUGCAGAUGAUCCGCAUCAUGGACAAGCUGUGGCAGCAGAACGAGCUGGACCUGGGCCUGAACGCGUACAGCUGCAUGGCGACCGGGGACGAGAUGGGCAUGCUGCAGGUCGUGCUCAAUGCGGAGACGACGUCAGCAAUCAGCAAGGCUGCUGGGGGAAGUUCGGCGUGCUUCCGUGAGGACCCCAUCGCAAACUGGCUAAAGCAGCACAACCCGACACCGGAGAAGAACGCGAAGGCCGUCGAGAACUUCACCCGCUCCUGCGCGGGCUACUGCGUCGCCACGUGUGUGCUCGGGAUUGGCGACCGACACAAUGACAACAUCAUGUUGCAGCGGACGGGCUACCUUUUCCACAUCGACUUCGGACACUUCCUGGGCAACUUCAAGAGCAAGUUUGGUUUCCGGCGCGAGCGUGCAAAGUUUGUGUUUACGCCAGACUUUGCUUACGUCAUGGGCGGCGUCGGCGGCGAGCGGUUCAAGCGCUUCGAGCAGCUGUGCGCGCAGGCGUUCAACGUGCUACGCAAAGAGGCGGACCUCUUCAUCAAUCUCUUCGCCCUGAUGCUUUCGUCAGGGAUCCCCGAGCUCCAGUCCCCCGAAGACAUCCAUUACCUGCGCGACUCCUUCCUGCUAGACCUGAGCGACGAGGAUGCCGGGAAAGAAUUUAUCAAGUGGAUCCACGAGAGCCUCAACACUAGAUCGACACAGCUUAACAACGCGAUUCACACGUGGGCUCACAGCUAAAGUUUUUGAGGGAUGAGAGGUAGUUGUGACCAUAGUAGAGAGGAAAGCUCGGCUUGGAAUGCGAAACUCAGUUACUUGAAUUUUAGGGCAGUGGUUGGGCCAACCUGUGGUUACCUGGUACACUGAUACGCGGCACGUAAGAGAUGAUGCUUGAGGGUGCAAUCGAUGCAUAGCCAAAAUCGAUUUGCAGCGCAGGCACGGAGUUCAGUCACUAACUUAACUUAAGAUCGCAUGCAUUUCAUUCUAGCCUAAGUGAGUCUUGCAAAAGCUAUUGAUUUAGCAGUGUUGCUCGCAUAUGAGCAUAUA